AUGGCAAGUCCAUACCUGCCAAGCGCGUCCUCGUCAAAGGCAGCAGCCGACGCGCCUGUCACUCGCUCUCGAACACUAUUCUAUCUUUCGGUCCGCGACAGCAGCAGCUUCUCACGACCCAGCGCCCGAGGCGGUAUCGGUUCGGUAGCGCAGUAUGGCGACACGGUCGAUGUGGACGACGAUGAACGUGGUGGUCUUCUCGGACGCGCGCCCUCCCACCGCGUGGAUAUGGAACAUGGCCUGCCGCCAAAAUGGGUGGACAUCAACGACGAGGUGGAGGACAUUCUCGAGCGAAUGAAUGGCAAAGUGGCAACACUUGAGAGGCUGUGCAACAAGCAUGUCAUGCCCGGAUUCACAGAUCGAAGUGCCGAGGAGCGCGAGAUUGAACGUCAGACGGCUGAUAUCACGAGGGAUUUCCGACGGUGCUCGACGCUCGUCACGUCAAUUACGCCAGACCGCGGUGCUGCGCGCGUAGAGGUCCUUACAGCCAAGAACGUGCAGCGCGGCCUGGCACAAAAGGUGCAAGAGGCAUCGGCCCAGUUCCGCAAGAAACAAAAGGUGUACAUGCAAAAGCUGCAGGGCCACGCCAUUAAGAACAAGGACCUGUUGGCGGCCAGCGGCGCCAUCAAGCUGAGUGGGACGGACUCGUACGACGCGUUGGAAGAGGACGAAGAGGCGUCGCGCACCCAAUUGCAAUCUCAAACGGACAUUGGACUGGACAUUGAAGAACGAACUCGGGAAAUCACCCAGAUCGCGUCGUCGAUCUCUGAACUCGCCGACCUGUUCCGCGACCUCGGCUCACUCGUAGUCGAGCAAGGAACCAUCCUCGACUCGGUCGAGUACAACAUCCAAGAAACGAGCAAGGCAGUCGAGGGUGCCGUCGAAGAACUCGUGGUCGCCAAACGAUAUCAGAGCAAUUCAGGCAAGAGGCGGUGUAUCCUCCUGCUCGUCUUGAUCAUUGUCGGCCUCGUCAUCGUCCUCAUCUACAAGCCACGAAAACGGGGUGACUCCAGUUUGGGAGAGGGUACAAGUGGAACCGAGGGGGUUGCCGACCCCAGUGCGGCGGUGCUCGCUCAAGUCGGUACCGAGUCGGCUGUGACGACAACAACAAAGGGCGUAUACCAACGUCCCCCGUGGCGGCCGGGUGCCCUCCACCCCACAGCUGGCGGCGCACCUCGCCCUAUGCUGGGCGCUCCGCCUGUGGCUACUGCAGCAGGGUUCGCGGACCCACCUACGAUGGAUGAGGAUGAGGGGAAUGGCAAGGCUGAGGGUACGUGGUGA